ACAUUUGUACAAAGAAAAAGUUUUAAUUUAUUUUAGAACUAUUGUGAAAUAAAAAAAAUUAUUUUAGAACUUAAAAUUUGAAGGUUUUGAGAUGGAGAAUAACACAAAUACUCCUCCUCCUACUACUACUACUAGCACCCCCUCAAGCUCAACAGUUUCAAGAACUGUUCUUUUAAUUUUGAGGGUGUUAACUUUUGCUUUUCUUCUCAUUGCUUUCAUAAUCCUUGUCUUAACAAAGGAUGAUGAUGCUGAUAUCAAGUUCAAAGAUAUCCAUGCUUAUCGAUACAUGAUCUCGACAAUAGUAAUUGGGUUUGCAUACAAUUCUCUGCAAAUAGCACUUUCAAUUUUCAGUGUGGUAUCAGGAAAUCGUAUAUUAAAUGGUGAUGGAGGAUACAAGUUUGAUUUUUAUGGCGAUAAGAUUAUAUCGUACUUUUUACUCUCCGGUUCGGCUGCUGGAUUUGGUGCCACAGAAGAUCUUCAUAGAAUCUUCAAAGCAGCAGAAGAACCCUUAAACUCAUUCUUUGGAAAGGCUAAUGCCUCAGCUAGUCUUCUUCUAUUUGGGUUCAUAGCCACAGCCAUAGCAUCAAUUUUCACCUCCUUUGCUUUACCAAAGAAAGCUAAUUAAAUAGCAUCAAUUUCACUUCAUUUGCUUUCCCAAAGAAAGCUUAGUUUGAUGCACAAAAUGAUCUAUGUUCCUAGAUUCACAUUUUCUUUUCUGCUUGGUUUUAAUUCAUUAGGUUUCUUUGUUAGUCAAUCAAUUAUAUAUAUUUUUUGUAAUGAAUUUGUAUAAUCGUUCCAUAUUUUCUUAAAAUUUUAUUUCCCAUAAAUUGUAUUUGUUUUGAUAUUUUAAUAAAAUGAAUGAAUUCCUCUUUUAUUUUU